AUGGAUCUCUCCCCGCCUUCACCCUCCGUGUCAAUAAGCCAUUCCAUGCUCAACUGCCUCGCUUACCGGCGGAGGACGAUCCGAGCGAUGCUGACGAACUCGCUUCGCCCUCCGGAACCCCCUGAGCCUCCGGAUCCGCCGGAUAUACUACUCCCAUCUCCACCACCGCUCUCUACCCCAACCUCAUGGAGUUUCUCAGCUGCUACUCCACAAUUGGCUCUCGGUUUGUUAACGGGGAAGUUGCCUUGUGCCGAACAAUCCCCACCGGCAACGCCUCACCGAUCCACAACCUCUCCACCCUCCAUCAACGCGUGA